AGGACCCCUGCGCUCACACAGGAGAGGAGUGAGCGCAUGAAAGAGCGAGAGAGAGAGAGAGGAAGGAAGAGAGAAAGAGAGAGAGAACAGGGAAGAGGUACAGUUGGGAUGUUUCACGACUGCCACAGCUGCCUGAGCACUGCACUGCACUGAGUGUUGUUGAGUUUCAGUCACACACACUCUCUCAUAUAUAAACAACAGAGAAAAAAAGGGGGAAGCAUGACGGCUGGUUGGUUGCAGUUGUGGGUGCAAAUGUGAAUGAAGAAAAGAGGAAACCUCAGUCACGUCCUGGGUUCCACCACAUCGCAACAUCCCUCUGUGUGGUGCUGCGUCUCUCUCUCUGCUCUCACUUAAGAAGGAUUAAACUUUUCUUUUUGAUCUCUGGUUGGCACGUUUGGGACUGUUGACAUGGAGUCUCCCACCAAAGAGAUCGAGGAGUUUGAAAGCACGGCCCUGAAGUACCUCCAGCCCGAACAGAUAGAAAAGAUCUGGCUCAGGCUCCGUGGACUGCGAAAGUACAAGAAGACAUCCCAGAGAUUACGAUGUCUGGUGAAGCAACUGGAGAGGGGAGAGGCUUCGCUCACUGACCUCAAGAAAAACCUGGAGUAUGCAGCGUCGGUGCUCGAAUCUGUUUACAUCGAGGAGACGAGGCGUUUGGUUGACACAGAAGAUGAGCUCAGUGACAUCCAGUCGGAGUCGGUACCCUCAGAAGUGCGGGACUGGCUGGCCUCCACCUUCACACGGCAGAUGGGGCUGAUGCUGCGACGCAAUGAGGAGAAACCUCGCUUCCGCAGCAUCGUCCACGCUGUCCAGGCUGGCAUAUUUGUAGAGAGGAUGUACCGACGCACCUCCAAUAUGGUGGGACUCAGCUACCCCCCGUCUGUCAUAUCUGUGCUUAAGAAUGUUGACAGGUGGUCGUUUGACGUCUUCGCUCUCAAUGAAGCCAGUGGGGAACACGCACUGAAAUUCAUUUUCUAUGAGUUGCUCACAAGAUACGAUCUCAUUAGCCGCUUUAAGAUCCCAAUCUCUGCAGUGGUGUCAUUCGUGGAGGCCCUUGAGGUGGGAUACAGCAAGCAUAAAAACCCCUACCACAAUCUGAUGCAUGCUGCUGAUGUCACACAGACUGUACACUACCUGCUACUCAAGACUGGCAUGGUGCAUUGGUUGACUGAGCUUGAGAUCUUUGCCAUGAUCUUUGCGGCAGCGGUGCAUGACUACGAGCACACGGGGACCACAAACAACUUCCACAUCCAGACAAGGUCAGACACAGCCAUCCUGUACAAUGACCGCUCAGUGCUGGAGAGUCACCAUGUCAGUGCAGCGUACCGCCUACUGCAGGAUGACGAUGAGAUGAACAUCCUGUACAACCUCUCCAAGGAUGACUGGAGAGAGCUGCGAGCUCUAGUGGUGGAGAUGGUGCUGGCCACAGAUAUGUCAUGCCACUUCCAGCAGGUGAAGGCCAUGAAGAACUUCUUACAACAACCAGAGGGCAUUGACAAGCCCAAAGCUCUGUCCCUGCUGCUGCACACGGCAGACAUCAGUCACCCGGCCAAAAGUUGGGACCUCCACCACCGCUGGACGACCUCCUUACUGGAGGAGUUCUUCAGACAGGGGGACAAAGAAGCCGAGCUUGGCCUGCCAUUCAGCCCUCUCUGUGACAGAAAGUCCACAAUGGUUGCACAGUCCCAGAUCGGUUUCAUAGACUUCAUCGUUGUGCCCACCUUCACUGUGCUGUCAGACAUGAUGGAACGAAUCGUCACGCCGCUCAUCGAUGAGGCCUCCCAUUCAGGUCUUGCCGGCUUUAGACGCUCAAGUCUAAACAGUAUUAGCUCGGAUGAGACCAAGAGGCACAGCGUGAAGAGCAUAGGCUCCGACAGCAGCUCAUCAGGACAAGGCUCUCUGCUGACGGUGGACCUGAAGAACUUCAAGGCACUGUGGAACGAAGAGGUUUAUCAGAACAGAGAGAGAUGGAAAGCACAGGCUGCUAAAGAAGCGGAGGAGCGAGCUAAAAGGGAAGCAGAGGAGCAAGCCCAGGAAGAAGAGUCCAUGGAGCCCCAGGAGGUCCACACAGAAUCAGAGCAGCCUGAACCAAAGGAGGACAAACUGGAGGAGGAGGAACCCAAGUCAGCAGAGGCCAGCAGACCACCAGAUGGCAACACAGGGGAGACGGAGCAGGGAGCACAGCCAGGGAGCGGCGCACACACUCCACUGCAGAACGGAGAGCUUUCUGAAGAAGCAUCAUCUCCUGAGGGUGAAGAAGACAAAAACAAAGUUGUAGAUGCCGAGGUAGCGAUGGAAUAAGUGAGCUGAGGAGUACUGUUACGUCUCAGCAGCCCAACUGUCGACCGGAACCUUUACUUAUUAACUCAGACUCUCUCCAGAGGGAGGCCAUUAGAGGGACUGUGUCGCCCUCUACAGGACAAAAAGAAACUGACACCCUCACCUACUCUUUGUCUUCUAUUACCAGCUUGUUUCCACUUGUACCAUGUUUAUACUCCCUCGCUCCUGUAUGCAGAGCUUGCGGCUCUACUUGUGUGCAUUAUUCCUCUUCCUUGUGCUCACUGAUGAAGAGGGAGUUUAGCAACCUUCAUGUUUGAGGGAGUCUUUGGAGGACCGACUCUGAAAAUGUUGCUUUUCUUUUUAUUAGUCUGCCAAUAAUUUACUUCAGUGUAUGUUCAACCACUACAGACAUGUAGCCAUUUUACUCAUCCCACUUUCUCCUGAAGUUUUUGCCUCUCUGUCAGCUCUGUUUAACAUCACAUUUACAGUCUAGUACCGGGUUUAUUAUAGACAUAAAGUUUAUUAUCACAGCAGUUUUGCGCCUUACGGACUCUAUGUAGGUGCAGAAAUGUAAGAAAUGACAAAUGAGUGUACAGAACAUCGGGUUUGAUUCACAGGUUUAUAGCACAACUAUUUUACUAGCAAGUCCCCCUUACUUAUACAAAUCCACCCCUUUUAGACAACUCCUCUGUGUGUUUUUGGAGCUUCCGUCUCUUCAAAACCUGCUGUGGCUCUUUUUUCUUUCCUUCCUUCCUUCAUAUUGUUUACUUUCCUCAGAAAUUGUGCAUUUCUUCGACUUUUGUGUUCUCAUCAGCCACAUUUCUAUUGUAUGUUGUGUGUUUAUGCACUCUUUACUGUAUAUAAUUCAAGUUUGGAUAUGUAUGGAUCUGGGGAGGAGUAGAAGUCCACCAGUGGAUAUUUUUAUGGAUAAAAUGUAAGAUAUUGUAGUGGAAAAAGUCCAAAAAUCAGAAUGCAGUUUUUGCAUUUCAAACAUAUCGAACACAAACACAAAUUCAAGUUUUUGUAAUGUAUGAAACUGUAUUGUUUACUUUUUGUUACAUUCUUGUUUGUUUUGCAUUUGUUGAGUCCUGUAUGAACCAUACACUUGAUGUGUCGGAUAUCCUCACACUGUUUGUCAAUUCUCUGUCAGAACUCUUCUUCUUGAUGCCUUCUUAAAUGUUUAUCAGCUGUAGCAGAGAGUCAACAUCGUUGCUGAAUCAGAAAAAUCUUACUGUACAUUGCUUUAUUUUGCAGAGGUUUUGUUACAGCAGCUUCGCCUGCGAGGUUGUGAUGUUAAAUGUUUACAGUGUGCUCAUAUGUUAAUGUGUUGAAUACAUCAUGCUUCUGUUGUGAUGCAUCUGCAGCUGUGAGUCCAAAAUGUAUCUGCUUCUUGGUUGUUUGCCCGUUUUUAAAGGCUUGUACCGUUGUGUAUAGGAGAUAUAAAUAUUGCUUAUGUGCAUAUGUAAAAUAAUGAACCUCUGCUGGGCUGGAUCAGCUUUUAAUAUAUAACUUCUAUGUGUGAUUGGAAGAAAAAGAAGAAUUUUGGCAGUAUUUCCAUAAUUAUGGAUAUAUUUUCCCUAAAAUUGUGCACUUUCAUUUUGUUUUUCAUUUGAUUUUUAAUUCUUUGGGGGGAAAAAAAUCAAAAUUUAUUGUGCCAAGAUUAAAUUCUUGGAAUACUUUUAGUUUAUUUUUGACGUAUAUUGCUCCUAUGUACACUGUUGAAUAUGCUUAAUACUAAUGGCGCAUUCCAUUUGAUCCUGAAAGUUGGAUAAUCUGUGAUGUCAGUCGGAUAGAUCAUCCCAAAACCCCCACUGAUGUGAUGUCAUUUUUAGCUCCGACAUCCAACUUCCAAAAUAUUUGGAAUGCACCAUGUGUUUAUAGAAAACUGCCGGAAUUUAUUUUUUAAGCAUUUAAGUUCAAACAGAAACUCCCCAUUUUUUAUAUAUUAGCAUGAUGUUUGGUGUCAUGCUUGGUUAUAAAGCAGUUUAUCACAAAAUGCUUCUUUCUACCUAAAAAAUACAGUCAGUGGUUAGCUAGCCGGCUGGCUGAAUGUGUGCCUAUAAAUGUUAGUUCCAUUUUACACUUUUCGCUGAAAGAAAACCAACGUUGUGAUGUCAUGAAUCUGUACUGAUUCAGCUUUAGUCAAAAAAAUUGAAUAGAGUGCUGCAGGGAUGAUGAAUUUUUGGACAACCUGGAAGUUAGCAUCAGGCAGGUUCCAUCAACAAAACGCCUGUGGCUUUUUCCAUGGGUUUUUGGAUUAUUGCUGAAAGUAAGCUCUGUUAAUACUGGUUACAUCUUUUGUUCAUAAAGACAAUAUUCAAAGGCAAAUACUACUUUCAGAAUUUUUGAAACCCAUUUGCAAUCAGCAUAAAUAAAAGUGCUAAUGUUGGCUAUGGAGCGGCUGACUUGCUUGAACGUCAAUACAAUUGAUCAUCCAACUUUUAUGAGUUUGAAACUCAUUUACCAGCAUUUUCUUUUUUUUUCAAGUUUUUUCUUAAAUUUGUUCUUAAGAAAAUUUCUAAGAGCCUGUGUGGGAUUCAUGACACAUUCUUAACCUGCUGAGUUGUUCACACCUGUGUUCUUAAAGUCCCUAUAAAGUGAUUUAAAAAAAUUGUUAUUUUAGGUUUAUUGUACAACAGAUCACGUUGUUAUGAAUGACCAGGCCAAAUUUCAGUCAUGAAAGACACCUCUAAGUUGUUAAAAAUUCAGCUUCAAAAUCAGAAAAAAUAUGGCUAAAAUCUGCUCCAGAAUGGUGAGGGUGUGUUUGAAUGAGCUGAAGCCACGCCCACUCCCACUCAAAAAUAAUAAUUCUUAUCAGAGCACAGCUGCCUGGCUCUGUGAGAAAUCGUUGUUAUGUUAGGUGGGCGGAGUAUUCCCUUUCAAGACUGAUGAUGUCAUGGCUCAGAGUUUUGCCCUGCUCUAAUAAAACCAAGCCAGGAAAGAGGUGAACAACUUUCUAAAUAAAAGAAUGAGUCACACAUAGAUCUCAGAGUUUUCACAUGUUUACAGCAACCUUACUCCAACAUGUCUGGUGUGUUAAGACACAAAGGUUAGGUUUCACAUAACAAGGAUUUUAAGUUGAUGAAUGCUGGGUGCUCAUAAGCUGGAAGCGUAUGCAGAUUCCUCCUAAUUAGCAAAGGGGAAAUGCCCCUUUUAUGCCCAUAUGACAUAUAAGUUCUGUGCUCAAGGACAGAAGGGCACACAAGAGUGAGAGAAGUAGCGAGCUAAAUGUCAGUAAAUUAAAUUAAUACAUAAAAAAAAAAAAAACAAUGGAAAUAUGUCAAAAUACUUUGAUACGUUCUAUGUAGCAGCAGAUAACAUCCUGUCGGGACAAGCAGUGAUUUAUGUAUGGAGAAACAUUACCAGAAAGGCCACGUUUACUGUUGUUAACAACAAUAUCAAGCAUUUAAAGUGCAAAAAAUAUAAACAUUCUUAAUCUUAAGCUACUUUUAUGUCUUGAAAGUAGUGAAUUAUUUGGGCAAAAUGUUUUAAAAAUGUUUUUAAAAAUUCAUAUAGAAGCAGCAGCAGGCAGGAAUUAAUAGAGCCUCUGUGUAAAGCCCGGCCGAGUAGUGUCAAACAACACUCGUGUGGUCCCCAAAGUGGUCCAGCUUGGUUCAGUACAGUCUUGUCAUGGUUUAGCACAUUGAACUGUGAUCUUAUCCGUCUUUCCUGAGCUGAUGUCCGUUUCACCAACCUCAAGCCUCACUCGUUGUGACAGAAAAUCCAUCUCAUAAGCUUGUAUUAAGACCUUAUUUCUGGCAUUUAACCAAAAACUCAUUCAAAACUCUCACAGACUUUCAGACAAUUGAACCAGUGGUCCCAAAAUGCUAACACAUCUCCUGGUUUUAUGUCACAUUACUGCAGCACUCUUCAUCUUCUUACAAUUUAUACUUUAGACUUUAAUUUUGGUAACUGUAAGAAACUUUGACAGCACUUUGAUGUUGAAGAAGUAUUUUUAAUGGUCUGUUUUUGCUGUUUUUCAUUUCAAAAAAAGGUUUUUAUCUGCUUUUUGUCAGUUUUUCUCGACCGUCUGCUAUUUGUUUUUUUACUCCGUGGAUGGAUUUACCAACCUUUUCUUUUUGUCUCUCUCUUUUGAUUUUGUCCUUGUGUGUUUGUUUUAUCCACCAGCUCUGAAGUCAGAAAAAUCCAGUGGCUCAAAACUGUAAAAAGUUAGUACCAGUCAUAGCAAAGUAGAUUUUUAAACACAACAAGAAGAGAAGUCUUUGCAUCCUGAAACUAGCCUGCCUGACACUGAAAGCAGAGUGUAUCUUCUGCUUCAAGAGACCAACACAUGUACAGUCUUGUAGUUUGCUCUUUCACUAUCUGCUGCUGUGAUAGGCUGCUGUAUGAAUAUUUAACAAGAAUUUAUACCAACCAUAAUCAGAACAUAGCUGUAUUUAUGACAUGUAAAGACUUCUAAUCAUGGUGUUUUGUAAUGGUUACUAUGGAACACUCUCUGUUGUUUAUUUAAGGCAUUGUUUCCUUGUUUAGUCUGAUUCGCUCUCUAAUGACUGAACUCAAACUGUUCUGGUGGCUGAGGUUAGAUGGAUGUAAAGAGCGAGUACGGGUGAGUGUGAGUGUGUUAAUGUAUGUGGAUGAGCGUGCGCUAGUGUGGCUGAAACUGCCGAAAAUACUUAACGUGCAUUUCUGAUCUCUUCACUGUGAUCUGCUAUAAAUGAUGCGAGUAUGAUGACAUGAGUGUGUUUGCAUGGAUGUGGGUGCAUGUGAGUGUGACUGAAAAACAAUAACAGAUAAAGUGGAAGGUUAACUAUUCUCAAACCUCAAAACUUGAUCAAAAGUCACAUUUCUAAUCAGAUUUGUCAUGAUUUUAAGCUCACACUCUCAUAUGGUAACCUCCUCAGACCCAUACUUUUGUUUGGAAUGCAUUUUUUGUUUCUCCCACUUAUUUGGGAUAAGUGGGACCUGAUAAAACCUAAACAAGGUCUCUGAACAGGAGGUAGUUUUCACCAAAAAUUAUGUCUGCAUAUGAGGGCAACAAGCUAAUCUUACUGUACAACACACAAAUAAAAUUGCUAUUUCUUGUUGCAAGUCAUUUUCACAAAGAAUAUGUUUUUAAAGCAUUAAAGAUGACUGCUUCAAGUCAAACUCAUAACAAAUUUCCAGUCAAAAUCCCCCAAAUUUUCCAAAUAAAUUCCCCCAAAAUUCCAUGGUACAAUUUUGGAAAAUUGCCAAACAGCCAUACAAAUUCUCUAACAUCAUAAAAAUUCUGAAAAAUUGCGAGGGAUAUUACUUCCCAAAUUUCAAAUCAAAUUUCCCAAAUAUACAAACAAAUUUUCCCAGAAGAAUACCAUGGAAAGUUUUGGGAAAAUUGCCUAACAUUUUACCCCAAACAGCCAAAAAAAACAAACAAAUAAAAGCACUAACAUUCCCAUUAAAAUUCUUGAAAAGUUCAAAGGAUAUUUUCCCCCGUUUUCUGAUCAGUUUCCCCAAAUUUACAAAUAAAUUUCCCCCAAACUUCCAUGGAAACAUUUUUGGAAAAUGCCAAACCAACUUUUCCCAACAGCCGAACAAAUUCCCCAACAUUUACAUGAAAAAUCUUUAAAAUUUCAAAGAAUAUUUGCCCAAAAAAAGGCCAAUCAAAUUCCCCAAAUUUACAAAUAAGUUCCCCAAAUUCUAUGAAAGUCCCUUAAAAGCACCCCAAAAAAACUUAAAAUCAAACUCUCCAAAACAUAAAAGAUAUUCCAGAAAUUGUCAUGAAAAUUCCUUUGAAUUCAAAAGCAAAUUCCCACAACAUUUCAAGAAAAUCACUUUAACUUCUUUGUAAAUUCUGAACACUAAUUUCAAAACUUCUAAUCACAGAAUUAUAACUCAGUUGUUGGAAAGCUGAAAUGUAAUGUCCUCAUAUGGACAAGAAGGGUCUCAGGAGGUUACAUGGAGACAUCAAUUACUUUUUUAGGUACACCUAAACUGCCUAUUAAUUCGAAUACCUGGGCACCAAUCAUAUAGCAGCAACCAUUGCAUUAAGGCAUGUAGACAUGGUUAAGGUAAUUUGCUGAAGUUGCUUUAGAAUGAGGAAGAAUGCUGACUGAAGUGAAUUUCAACAUGCAGUUAUAUUUAGUUAAACAGGUGUACCUAAUAAAGUGACCAGUAAGUGUAUAAAACAGAAUAAAAGUCCAUUAUGAUUUUGGCCUUUAAAGAAGUUAUAACAUCAACGAACAUGAAGGUGUGGUGAUUAAACUGGCUCACCUUCUCACUAUGUUCUUGAACAGACAGAAGACCUGAGAGAUUGUGAGUGAGCGUGUGUGAGUGUGUGCGUAUGCAUGUUUGUGCAUGCAUGUGUGUGUCACUGUCCCAUGCCGGCCAGGCGGCCGCGUGUGCCACCAUGCUCUGUGACUGCACAGCUGUAUCAAUAAAUCUGGACUC